CAUGACUGAGUGAUACAAGCAGAGGGUACAAAGCUUUCAGUGUUUUCAGCUUCUUUGUUUAUGGUUACCUCAGACUUGAACCAAAAAGAUGAACCAGCCAAGAAUAAUGUAUAGCCAAAUAUGUGUACAGAUCAGAAACAACAAAAGCACACUCUAUAUCUAUCUCUGUACUGUGCUAAUGAUAAGCAUGUUUUAUCAGUGCUGUGUCUAAAAAUAUGAAGGCGCUUUAUUCAAAUCAUGUAGUCAUUAAUAAAUAAAUAACCAGUGUAUGUGAAAAUGAGUUCUGUAUACAGCAUGUAUAUUUCCACAUGUAGUAGCAUUCUGAGAUGCCAGCUUGUACUGACUCUAGCCACACCCUUCAGACAUCAUUGUGUAAAAGGAGAGCAAAGCUUCACAACUGUAGAGCUUCAGCCCUCCCAGCAUAUGAUGUAACCUCCCAGAAUGACUCCACCCUCUACCUGCACAAUAAAGAACACAUUUUGCUCCAUGGUGCCUGCAUACAAGAUCUAAACUGGCAAUUCAAGGUCCUUUGUUCCAGGCAUCACCAAUCCUUACACCCACAGCGCAGAAAAAAAAAGGGCAAACAUGUCCGCAGGGUUAGAGAUUCUUGGGUUGGCCCUGAGUGUGUUAGGGUGGAUAGCUGCCAUCAUCGCCUGUGCUCUGCCCAUGUGGAGAGUGACCGCUUUCAUCGGAAGCAACAUUGUGACAUCUCAGACCAUCUGGGAGGGUCUCUGGAUGAACUGUGUGGUGCAGAGCACCGGGCAGAUGCAAUGCAAGAUCUACGACUCCUUGCUGGCUCUCCCUCAGGAUAUCCAGGCAGCUCGAGCCUUGACUGUCAUCUCUAUCCUUCUGGCACUCUUCGCCAUCUUGAUCUCCAUCGUCGGGGCCAGCUGCACCAACUGCAUUGAGGACGAGGGGGCCAAGGCGAAGGUCAUGAUCAUAGCGGGGGUCAUGUUCAUUAUUUCUGGGGUCAUGCAGCUUAUCCCAGUCUCCUGGUCUGCCAACACCAUCGUCAGGGACUUCUACAACCCUUUGCUCACUGAUGCUCAAAGAAGGGAGCUUGGCUCCUCUUUGUUUAGUGGAUGGGCUGCAGCAGUUCUCCUGAUCCUAGGCGGGGCCCUUCUCUGCUGCUCCUGUCCACCCCGGGAAAAGAAAUACGCCCCAGCGAGAAUGGCUUAUUCUGCUGCCCGAUCAAACCCACCCAGUGGCUACGACAAGAAAGACUACGUCUAAACCUCAAAAUCGGCUUUGCUUUGAAGCUCCUCUAUCAUACCUGCUGUUAUAACAAAAAUAAUAAUAAUGUGUUUAAAUGGACAAAUGGAAGAGACUCCGCAAUGAAGGUACUGUUUUCUGUUGCUGGUGUUUUUGUGUGUGUGUUUUUGUGGGUUUUUUUUCAGCCUGUAGCCCCCUGUAGAUUUCAUAGAGCUUGUAGUUUGGGUUGCUCUGAAGAUCUCCUGGUGUUAACGCUGGGGUUUUCCACUGGACCUUAAUGAUCCCUGUUGGGGGUACUGCUUAAUGAUUUCCCUUUUCAAUUGGCCAUUUUGUAUUGCUUGUUUUUAUAUUCCACUAAGGUAGUUGCAAGUGUAAACUGUAAAGCUUAGCUACCAGAACCACAUCAGUUCUCUGAUAAUGGAUGUCAAGGAGCAAGUAGGUUCAUUUUUAUUUUCUUUUGGUUUACUUGUUGCACGUAUUUAACAAACAAACAAAAAAAAAAACUAAUUUAAGGGAUCACUUACCUGGGUAAAAUAUUUGAAGAAUGUUCUGUUUCAAUGUUACUGUUUAGUGAUGUGCAAAUGAACCACAGCUACAUAUGGAAAAAAAAAAAAAGUGUAUUUUACAAAAAUAAAUAAUAAUUUACCGUUUUAUUUUCUUAUUGAUAAACUGACAUAAGUUCAUAGUGGUUAAUAUGCAGGUAUGUGCAGGAAAUGAAAGAGAAGCCUUAAGGUACAAGUCAUUAAAAUAGCCCCUGAAGAUAUAUAAAAAGAAUGCUUACCCUGAGCAAAGACAUGGCAGCUGCUGCUGAAAUCCUUUUAAAGUGGACAGCAUGUUAUAAGAACUCAAGUGAAUCACUCUGUAAUUCAGUUGGAAUAUAGAAAUACAUUCUAAAUGGUUUCUUUAUUAGAGACAAUGUGAGUAACAGAGACCCAAACAACAGAUCUGAUGAGGUGUCAUUUUACUCUUUGCAAAUACUGUGAAUAUGCAGCAACUGCCCCAACAUUUUAGCAUUAAGAUUUUAGAUUUUCUUUUUUUUUUUAACUCUCAAAAACCGCAGUGUAAUUCACAGUCUGACGUAACUUUGACAAUAGUAUGUUUAAACAGAGGAUAAUGAGACAAAUAUGGGGAUGAUUUAAGAGAAGGGGUAUUUUAGCCCCUAUUGUGCAUUAUUUGACUUACACCUUUUUGUAUAACUUUUUCAUAGCACAGUUGUUUUGCAUCCACUAUCUCUGUACUGUGCUAAUGAUAAGCAUGUUUUAUCAAUGCUGUGUCUAAAAAUAUGAAGGCGCUUUAUUCAAAUCAUGUAGUCAUUAAUAAAUAAAUAACCAGUGUAAGUGAAAA